CCUGCCCGCCCGUCGCGGGCUCGGCGGCUGCAAGUUUGGGCGCCGCUGGGGCGGGUGGGGGCGCCCUCGGGGCGGGGGGAGCCGCUCUGCACGCGGCGUCCGGGCCUCCCUUCGCCCGAGAGGGCGCGGUCGGGACGGAGAAGGUGCCCCGCGCCCCUCGGAGCCGCGCGUCGCCGCGCCCGGGAGGAGGGCGGGGUGCCCGGCGCGCGGACUCGGGGGGAGCCGGCGGGGCGAUGAGCGCGGGCCAGGGCUGAGGCCCCCCGGCGCCCUCGCCAUGCAGAAGAGCGUGCGCUACAACGAGGGGCACGCCCUGUACCUGGCCUUCCUGGCGCGCAAGGAGGGCACCAAGCGCGGCUUCCUCAGCAAAAAGGCGGCCGAGGCGAGCCGCUGGCACGAGAAGUGGUUCGCGCUCUACCAAAAUGUGCUGUUCUACUUCGAGGGCGAGCAGAGCGGCCGCCCGGCCGGCAUGUACCUCCUGGAAGGCUGCAGCUGCGAGCGGACGCCCGCGCCACCCCGCACCGGCGCCGGCCCCGGAGGCGGCCGGGACGCGCUGGACAAGCAGUAUUACUUUACUGUCCUUUUUGGACACGAAGGUCAGAAACCACUGGAGCUGCGCUGUGAGGAGGAGCAGGACGGCAAAGAGUGGAUGGAGGCCAUUCACCAAGCUAGUUAUGCAGACAUUUUGAUUGAGAGAGAAGUGUUAAUGCAGAAGUACAUUCAUCUAGUACAGAUUGUAGAGACAGAAAAAAUCGCAGCUAACCAACUUCGGCAUCAACUUGAAGAUCAAGAUACAGAAAUUGAGAGGCUUAAAUCAGAGAUUGUUGCCCUUAAUAAAACUAAGGAACGAAUGCGCCCUUACCAAAGCAACCAGGAAGAUGAAGACCCAGACAUCAAGAAGAUUAAAAAGGUUCAGAGCUUCAUGAGAGGAUGGCUGUGUAGAAGGAAAUGGAAGACCAUUGUGCAGGACUAUAUUUGUUCUCCACAUGCUGAAAGUAUGAGGAAGAGAAAUCAGAUUGUGUUCACCAUGGUGGAGGCAGAAUCAGAAUAUGUGCACCAACUCUACAUCUUGGUGAAUGGCUUCCUCCGGCCCCUGCGGAUGGCAGCCAGCUCCAAGAAACCCCCCAUCAGCCAUGAUGAUGUCAGCAGCAUUUUCCUCAAUAGUGAAACAAUCAUGUUUCUUCAUGAAAUAUUUCAUCAAGGACUAAAGGCAAGGAUAGCAAACUGGCCUACUUUAAUUUUAGCUGAUCUAUUUGAUAUUUUGCUGCCUAUGCUAAACAUUUAUCAAGAAUUUGUGCGGAAUCACCAGUACAGUCUCCAAGUGCUCGCCAACUGUAAACAAAACAGGGAUUUUGACAAACUCUUAAAACAGUAUGAAGCCAACCCUGCGUGUGAGGGGAGGAUGCUGGAAACAUUCUUGACUUACCCCAUGUUUCAGAUCCCCAGGUAUAUCAUCACGCUACAUGAACUCCUGGCUCACACACCUCAUGAGCAUGUGGAGAGAAAAAGUCUGGAGUUUGCUAAAUCAAAACUGGAAGAACUGUCCAGGGUGAUGCAUGAUGAAGUGAGUGACACUGAAAACAUAAGGAAAAACCUUGCCAUUGAAAGAAUGAUCGUGGAGGGCUGUGACAUUUUGCUGGACACCAGCCAAACUUUCAUCCGCCAAGGUUCUCUUAUUCAAGUACCUUCAGUUGAGAGGGGAAAACUUAGUAAAGUUCGUCUGGGUUCAUUGUCUUUGAAAAAGGAAGGAGAAAGACAGUGCUUCUUAUUUACAAAACACUUUUUAAUUUGUACAAGAAGUUCAGGAGGAAAGCUGCAUCUGCUGAAGACAGGUGGGGUACUCUCUCUCAUAGAAUGCACAUUGAUUGAGGAGCCUGAUGCAAGUGAUGAUGACUCCAAAGGUUCCGGGCACAUGUUUGGACACCUGGAUUUUAAGAUAGUGGUGGAACCCCCUGACUCUACCCCUUUCACUGUGGUAUUGUUAGCACCUUCACGCCAAGAGAAAGCUGCUUGGAUGAGUGACAUCAGUCAGUGUGUGGACAAUAUACGAUGUAAUGGCUUAAUGACUAUAGUGUUUGAAGAAAAUUCCAAAGUUACUGUGCCACAUAUGAUUAAGUCAGAUGCCCGUCUUCAUAAAGACGACACUGACAUUUGCUUCAGUAAAACACUCAACUCCUGCAAAGUGCCCCAGAUCCGCUACGCCAGCGUGGAGCGUCUCUUGGAACGCCUGACUGACCUGCGGUUUUUGAGCAUUGAUUUCCUCAACACCUUUCUGCACACCUAUCGCAUUUUCACCACAGCUGCGGUGGUACUGGCAAAGCUCUCUGACAUCUACAAGAGGCCUUUUACCUCUAUCCCUGUCAGGUCAUUAGAGUUGUUUUUUGCCACCAGCCAAAACAACAGAGGUGAACAUUUGGUGGAUGGAAAAUCCCCACGACUGUGUCGCAAAUUCUCUUCCCCACCACCACUGACAGUGUCCAGAACAUCCUCCCCAGUGAGGGCCAGAAAGCUGUCCUUGACUUCUCCCUUGAAUUCAAGGAUAGGAGCCUUAGACCUGACCACAUCCUCGUCUUCCAGCAGCCCUACCACCACCCACAGCCCUGCCGCGUCCCCACCACCACACACUGGUAAAGUACCGUUGGAUCUUAGCAGAGGCCUCUCUUCUCCAGAGCAAAGUCCCGGAUCUGUAGAAGAGAAUGUAGAUAAUCCCCGCGUGGAUCUGUGUAACAAGCUAAAGCGAAGUAUCCAAAGAGCCACAGUGCUGGAGUCCACCUCAACAGCAGGAGUGGAAGGAUCCCCAGCAACAGAAGCCGCCGAACACUCACCUUGCCGAUCUCCCUCAACUCCCCGGCACCUCCGCUACCGCCAGCCUGGAGGACAGGUAGCUGACAAUGCCCACUGCUCUGUCUCACCAGCUUCUGCGUUUGCCAUCGCCACAGCUGCAGCAGGACAUGGGAGUCCACCAGGAUUUAACAACACAGAGAGAACAUGUGACAAAGAGUUUAUCAUCCGGAGAACAGCUACCAAUCGAGUCCUGAAUGUUCUCCGUCACUGGGUCUCAAAGCAUGCACAGGAUUUCGAACUCAACAAUGAACUGAAGAUGAAUGUCCUAAAUUUACUAGAGGAAGUUUUACGAGAUCCAGACCUUCUUCCCCAAGAAAGGAAAGCCACAGCUAAUAUUCUGAGGGCUCUUUCACAAGAUGAUCAAGAUGACAUCCACUUAAAAUUAGAGGACAUAAUUCAAAUGACUGAUUGUCCGAAGGCCGAGUGUUUUGAGACUUUAUCAGCUAUGGAGAUGGCUGAGCAGAUCACCCUCCUGGACCACAUUGUUUUCAGAAGCAUUCCCUAUGAAGAAUUUCUUGGGCAAGGCUGGAUGAAGCUGGAUAAAAAUGAAAGAACACCUUACAUCAUGAAAACCAGCCAGCACUUUAAUGAUAUGAGUAACCUGGUUGCCUCCCAGAUAAUGAAUUAUGCUGACGUCAGCUCCCGUGCCAAUGCCAUUGAGAAGUGGGUGGCGGUAGCAGACAUUUGCAGAUGCCUGCACAACUACAAUGGUGUGCUGGAGAUCACCUCGGCCUUAAACAGAAGCGCCAUCUACAGGCUGAAGAAAACCUGGGCCAAGGUGUCCAAGCAGACCAAAGCACUAAUGGACAAACUUCAGAAGACUGUUUCAUCUGAAGGAAGAUUUAAAAACCUCAGAGAAACCCUGAAAAACUGCAACCCUCCAGCUGUUCCUUACCUUGGGAUGUACUUGACAGACCUGGCGUUCAUUGAAGAAGGAACGCCAAACUUUACUGAAGAAGGCUUAGUCAAUUUUUCCAAAAUGAGAAUGAUAUCACACAUUAUCCGGGAGAUACGCCAGUUCCAGCAGACUUCCUACCGCAUAACCCAUCAGCCAAAGGUCACACAGUAUUUGCUGGACAAAGCGCUCAUCAUAGACGAAGAUACACUCUAUGAACUGUCUCUAAAAAUUGAACCUCGACUCCCAGCUUGAAGAUCGGGCUUUGCCCCCGAGAUCACAGCAUUUCCUUGGGAAGCAGGACAGACAGAACCAGGUGUGCCCUGUCUAGCAUGGAGGACUGGGGGAGAUGAAGCCCGUCUUCUUUCUACAUCACAGAUGAAACUGGACUUCAAUUCUGUCUUCAGCCAGAGUGAAGCCCAGCUGUGUGGGCCAAAGGCAGAUGUUUCAAGCUUGGGUGGGAAGGUGCAGAGACCAAUGCUUAGUACAUUGUUCCUAAGGGAAGGUAAGAUAGGAGAUGCUAGUAGCCAUUUCAAUGAAGCAGGUGCAAAGGUAAAUCUCCUUCUGUCCCUCGUUCUCUUAGAACUCAGGGACAAGAGCCCACAAAUGGAUUCGUGAUGUUUCUCUGGUGUGGCCACACCAGCCCCAUCUUCUGGAUGAAGCUGUUUCCUUUACUCUUACUUUCAUCACACGCUUCACAAAAGCAGGAGCUUCCUGUAGAAGGCCAACACAUAAGCAAUUUCAAUCUGCGGCAUGUGCAUGGUUCCCAGUGCAUCAUAACUAUUCAUAUUUGGGGAAUGGUAUGUUCUGAAACUGCCUUUUCAGACUUUAGGCCAACAGGACAGGAAAGAAAUGACAGAAGGUGGAUGGAUUUGUUGGUAACAUUUCCUUAAUUAAGAACAAUAAGCUGUAUCCCAGAGGCCAUCUCAGUGGUGGAGGCUUCUUCCUGAGGCUUGUGGUCUCCUGGGGAGCCCCUGGCAGAGGCAGCUGCAGAGUUUUCAGAAGGGUGCCUGCCACCUCACCGACGAAACUGUGCAAUGAGAUAGCGGGCCAGAGGCACCGUGGGGAAUGACGGAUGUCCUUGCCAAGUAAACAUAUACACCUGAAAUCA